AUGGAGAGAGAUGAAGAAGAAGAUGCUUAUAUCGUAGAUUCCGUUGCUAUGUCGGGCCAGCAACGGAGCGGAGAAACCGGUGUUGAGAAGCGGCGAACGAGCCGAGCUAGAGAAAGUGUUGGAGAAGAUGAUAUCAGAACUAAAAAGAAGAGGAACACGAACAGGUUCUCUCACUUUGGCUUCACCAUUACACAAGCUGCUCUUCCUCUGACUGGCCUGACCUCAACGGCUCUUAUGUUCGUUGGUGCGACUCUUCUGCGCUUGCAUUGUGAUCCCAAAAACAAAGCCUAA